AUGCCUCACUCGUCUGUGACUAUCGAUCUUUCCGACGACUUGGACAUGGCUCCUCCCAGUUUCAAGUCGAACGACGCUGCAAAGCGCACGCUUCUCCUGGCACCGCCGUCAUUCGCCACCCAGGAAGAGAAACUGCGCAACCUCUUCACGACCUUCGAUCGCUCCACAACAGACCUCCAGAUGCUGGACCGUCUCUCUGCCGGCUUCGUCUCCCUUCCCUCGAACACGUACGAUCUGGUUUUGGUCCUGACCGACACUGAUAGCACGCGGCGGUCGGAGGCUCUGCCGCUGCUCACGCGGGAGCUCUACACUGCACUUGUCCCGGCCAUGAAGACGGGUGCGAAGCUACAGACACAGGAUAACUUCUUUGGCGCAUCUGAGGCGCGCGAGGCGGUUCUGGCUGGGCUCGUGCACAAGGAUGGUGGAUUCGAGAAACCGGACACCACUGCGGCGGUCGCCGUUCCUCUGCGCUUUGGUGCGAAGAAAGCGGCUGCAAAGAAGAAUGUUCCUCCCCCGCCUCCUGUGAUCGAUUUCACGGAUGAUCUGGGCAAUGAUGAUGAAUUGAUCGACGAGGACACCCUGUUGUCAGCAGAGGACAUGAAGAGACCUGUUGUGCCACCCCCAGAGUGUCAGCCGAAAGCCGGUAAAAGACGUCGAGCUUGCAAGGACUGCACUUGCGGUCUGGCGGCUCAACUUGAGGCAGAGGACGCCGAACGACGGGCCAAAGCGGAUCAGGGCUUGGACACAUUGAAGCUGCAGGCGGAUGAUCUGAACGAACUAGAUUUCACCGUGCAGGGAAAGACAGGCUCAUGUGGUAACUGCGCAUUGGGUGAUGCGUUUAGAUGUGCAGGGUGCCCUUUCAUCGGUAUGCCCGCAUUCAAGCCCGGCGAGGAAGUGAAGAUUCUCAACGAGGCGCAGUUCUAA